GAAAAUGGUUGGCGCCGGCAUUUCUUUUGCAGUCCGACACCGCCCCCUCCCCCCCUUUUCUCUAUCCCGGCGGCGGAAGUGACGCCUGAAGGAGGCCACGGCUUCCGGUGCGCAGGCCACAGUGGCCCGGCUAGAGAUGGAGGAGUCCUCAGGGAGCUGAUUUUUUUCUCCCCUCUCCGAGUCUCCGGCAGCGCCUCCCGGUUCACCCGCUGGCCCUGGUGGAGUCGCUUCCAUCGCCGGGGACUUCGGUGGCUCCGGCCUCCACGUCGUCCUGCCCGCAUCCUGGACUUGGUCAGGUACCUGGGAUAACCGAACCCUGGAGGGGUAGCAGAUGGUGGAAGCAGGGUAGAAGCCUGGGAAUUAGAAAAGUCAGAUGAAGUCAAAAGAGUGGUAAAGUGUGCCGGAGUAAGAAACAGACAUUGUUCUCCUGCUCUGCAGUUUGGCAGAGCCUUAAGAUGUCUGUGGACAUGAACAGCCAGGGCUCCGACAGCAAUGAAGAGGACUAUGAUCCAAACUGUGAGGAGGAGGAGGAAGAAGAUGAAGAUCCUGGGGACAUUGAGGAUUAUUAUGUGGGGGUGGCAAACGAUGUGGAGCAACAGGGGGCCGAUGCCUUUGAUCCCGAGGAAUAUCUGUUCACCUGCUUGACUUACAAGGAGUCCGAGAGUACCCUGAAUGAGCACAUGGUCAGCUUGGCCUCUGCAUUAAAGGUAUCUCAUGCAGUUGCUAAACUUGUAUUAGUUAGCUUCCACUGGCAAAUCUCAGAAGUUUUGGAAAGGCACAAGUCCAAUUCUACCCAGUUGCUAGUGGAAGCACGAGUUCAGCCUGCCUCAUUGAAACAUGUCAUGGUACAUUCCUCCCAGCACUGUGCAGUAUGUAUGCAGUUUGUCCGAAAGGAGAACUUACUGUCUCUGGCUUGUCAGCAUCAGUUCUGCCGCAGCUGUUGGGAGCAGCACUGUAUAGUACUCGUCAAAGAUGGAGUCGGAGUUGGCAUCUCCUGCAUGGCUCAGGACUGUCUGCUCCGGACGCCAGAAGAUUUUGUGUUUCCACUGCUACCUAGCGAGGAGCUGAAAGACAAAUACAGACGCUACCUCUUCAGGGAUUACAUUGAGAGCCAUUUCCAGCUGCAGCUCUGUCCUGGUGCAGACUGCCCUAUGGUCAUACAGGUACAGGAGCCCAAAGCCCGCAGAGUACAGUGCAAUCGAUGCAAUGAAGUUUUCUGUUUCAAGUGUCGGCAGAUGUACCACGCUCCCACAGACUGUGCCACCAUCCGAAAAUGGCUCACCAAGUGUGCAGAUGACUCUGAAACAGCUAACUACAUCAGCGCUCACACUAAGGACUGUCCCAAGUGCAAUAUCUGUAUUGAAAAGAAUGGUGGCUGUAAUCACAUGCAAUGUUCUAAAUGCAAACAUGACUUCUGCUGGAUGUGUCUGGGGGACUGGAAGACUCACGGCAGCGAAUACUACGAAUGCAGUCGGUACAAAGAGAAUCCUGAUAUUGUAAACCAAAGUCAGCAAGCACAGGCCAGGGAGGCCCUUAAGAAGUACUUGUUCUAUUUUGAGAGGUGGGAAAACCACAAUAAGAGCUUACAGUUGGAGGCCCAGACGUACCAGCGAAUUCAGGAGAAAAUACAAGAACGGGUGAUGAACAACCUGGGAACAUGGAUAGACUGGCAGUAUCUACAGAAUGCAGCAAAGCUCCUUGCAAAGUGUCGUUACACGCUACAGUACACAUAUCCAUAUGCCUAUUAUAUGGAAUCUGGUCCCAGGAAGAAAUUGUUUGAAUACCAACAAGCUCAGCUGGAAGCUGAAAUAGAAAAUCUGUCAUGGAAAGUGGAGAGAGCCGACAGUUAUGACAGAGGGGACUUGGAGAAUCAGAUGCACAUAGCUGAGCAGAGGAGGAGGACCCUGCUGAAAGACUUCCAUGACACAUAAAGCAGCAGGAGGCAUCAAGGCUCAGGGGUGAGAGCAGAGCAAGAUGGUGGCAAGAGCCAGUGUCUGAAGCAGCGUGAGAAUCUGGCUCCACCCCCUCCACAGAGAAGGGCUGAGGACAGCACUGAACCCUCCCUUGCAAACCAGACAUGAGCUAGCACCACAGCUUAGUUCUUCUGUUGUUGGGUUUUUUUCUUCUUUUUCCGCUUUUUGUUUCUGCCAGGCUGGAGUUCAGACGUGGGCACCUUUUCCUGGGACAUUUUCUUCCCUGGUUCUUGGUUGUUCUGGGAGGGUUCUGAUAUUUCCCCUCCCAAAUGGCUGUUAAUAGUGUUAGAUCAUUACAAACUUAUGUAAUUUUCGACAGUUGUACAAUUAUACAAAACGAACCCUAGAAUAACACAAAAACCCUUUUUAAAAAUAAAUUGGAAUUGGAGUGUGUUUCCUUUUUGAUAA